AUGUUGACAUCCGGUGGCAGAUUCGCUCGCUCCCGCAUCAUCACAUGCUCAUACCAAUCGCGCACUUGUGUGAUGGAAACGGUUAGCGGGUGCUUGCGUAGCUGCUAAUAAAUAUGGACAAUGGUGCAACAAAAAGACAAAAGCGUGAGGUUCGCUCAUAUUUAAUGUCGCGUGAACCGAGUAUUGACCGACGCUUCCGGCCGCGUCCCAACAAACAGCUCCGGUUAACUUUUAACGACAUUAACGAAUCGGGUGAGAGCUGUUCUGAUUGCUCCGACACAGAAUCCGAUUACGCGGCUACAGUAGACGAUGAAGCAACUAAGACAACUGUCACAGAGUCUAGCGAUGUUGAAUCUGGGCCACAAGUGUUUCUGCGUUUACGACCCGUUGAAACGCCAUCGAAGUCCUACACAAUCUCAGAUUGCGGCAGCGUUUUUAUCACUGGCGCCUCUAAUGAAAACAGCAGCAACAAUGUGACGAAAUCCAACAUGGAGAAACACUACAGUUUCACAUCGAUCUUCGACAGCAUGGUCGGUCAACGGGACAUUUACGAUAUAUGCGUGGGUCCAAAGAUUCAGGAAGAAGAAAGUGUCACGAUUAUGGCAUACGGCACAUCUGGAUCGGGGAAAACAUACACAUUGCAAGGCGACAAUAUGCGGGCUGGCAUAAUACCACGUGCGUUAGCCCAUAUUUUUGCACUUUACGGUUGCGCCUUGUAUCCCAAGCCACAGCUGAAACUAAUAAAUGCAAGUACAAUCAUACUGGAGGACGAUGCGGCAAUAAAGGAAAUGCAACUACGUCGCCAAAUACUUGCCGUGUGCCCGGAUAUUCAGGCGCAAUUUCAACGUUUCCAGCUAGUGAUACAAGGCGAUCAUACGUUUGAAACGAAACCCAUGACGGACGUAUCUGUAAUGAUUUGGGUCUCAUUUGUAGAGAUCUACAAUGAAAAUGUGUAUGAUUUGUUGGCCUUAUCGCCGCGUCAGGCCAAUAUGGCUGAACCACCGCGCAAAAAUCUUAAGAUCGUUUGCAAUAAGGGUCAGGUUUUUAUCAAAAGUUUGACAAGCAUUUUCGUAAAGAGCAGCGAAGAUGCCUUAAAGCUACUCAAAUUCGGGCAGCAACGCCUAACCUAUGCAUCUACUGCUGUCAAUGCCAAUUCAAGCCGAUCACAUUGCGUGUUCUUUGUUGACAUUUUGAAAUUCUAUCGCACCGGCUUAACUACUCAGACCUCAUACAAAUUUUGCGAUCUUGCUGGUUCCGAGCGUGUCGAUAAGACCGGUACUAUUGGUUCGCGCCUCAAGGAGGCUCAGCGUAUCAAUACCUCUCUUAUGGUCCUGGGUCGUUGUCUAGAUGCGGCAAGCUCCUCACGCAAAAAGCCCAAUCCCGACGUCAUUCCAUUUCGUGAGUCAAAACUCACAACUCUGUUGCAGGCUCCUUUGCUGGGCAGGGAGCGUCUAGCAAUGAUUGUAACUGUCUCACCGCUGGACAAAUACUAUGAGGAGAAUCUGAAUGUUUUGAACUUUGCUUCCAUUGCAAAGAACAUAAUUUUUAAGGAACCCAUUAUAAAGCAACAUAAAUCCCGAUACUCUGCAUUCGCAGAUUGCUCCCAACAAGUUGGUCCUGAUCGCAUAUACAUUGAGGAGUUGGAACAAGAGAACAUUGAAUUACGCGCUGAAAUUGAACAGAUUAAAUACGAGCAUGUGCUCCAAAUGCAACUGAAGGAAGAGCAACUUCGCAAGGAACUGACAGAUACGUUUAAAGAAAACAUGGAAUUCAAUUUAAAACAGAGUGAGGAGCGUAUGGAAAAGAAGUUGCAGAUGCAGCAACGCGAAUUUGAAGUUCAGUUGGCUUCAAUAAAGCGACAAUAUGAGGACAAAAUUGAGGACUUACAAGAUGAAAUUGAAGAACUAAAAUCUGCGAAUAGUGAUAUCGAAAUAAUUGAUGAUGAAUAGUUGUCCGAAUGGAAUAUUUUAAAAGGUUUAAAAUUUAAUUGUGUAAACGAA